AUGAUGAAGCCAUCGACAGUGCGUCGUUAUGGCAAGCAGCAGCACAAGAAGUCAAAGGGCGAUCGCCUCUUUGCCGAGCUGCCGCAAACGCCCAAUCGGCUGGCCACUACGAUUAGGAAGACCGCUGUGGCGGCAACAAAGACAAAUGUCACAAUCGAGGACAUAACCGAACAAGUAACAGCGCUGGAUAUUCAAAACGAGAAUUCUAUCUCAGAGACGGUCCAAAGUGCAGAAGUCAAGACACCUGUUGUGGCUUCAAGGCGACGAACGACAAAGAGACCGAAGACGCCAGUACAAGUCCAGGAGCCAACGCCAGAGCCAGAUGAACCAGUCAAUGAACAACAGACUGAGCGCCAGCCCAGUACCCCGGAGCCCGAGGUGGAUGCCAGCGGCCUUCGAGUCCUCUCCUGGCCUGAGAUCUGCCCCCCGGGGGAUCGGAUCGUCAAGAUUGCAGAGGCGUCUUAUGCGGAAGUCUACCGGGUCAACAAUGAGCGGGGCACUAGCAUCAUCAAGGUCAUUCGCAUGGUGUCGCCCAUCAAGCCGCAGACCAAAGCCCAAGAAAAAUCUCGUUUAGUGGACGAACAGCCCCAUUCCGAGUCGGAUCUGGUGGGCGAGCUGAAGAUUUCCGAGUGGCUGGCGGAUAUCCCUGGAUUUGUCAUGUACAAGGAGAGAUACAUUGUUCAGGGCAAGGCUUGCCGGGAACUACUGGAAACCCACCAGGCCUUUCACAAGAGGGCAAAGAGGCAGGACCCUGGCAGGCUACAGUUUUACCCUUCUCCCAGCCGGUAUCUGGAUGACACAAAGUUUCUUGUGGUCGAGCUGGGGGAUGCGGGCGUGGCUCUCGAAGACUUUCAGCUACAUUCUGCCGACCAAAUCUGGGACAUCUUCUUCCAUGUUGCCAUUGCCCUGGCUCGAGCCGAGGCGCAGAUAGAAUUUGAGCAUCGCGAUCUCCACGAAGGCAACCUGUGCAUCAGACAAGUUGGCCAUCACACACCACCGGAAGCAAGGGAUACGUCUUCUUACUUUGGGCACUCUGGCCUCGAAAUAACCAUCUUGGACUACGGCUUAUCUCGUGCUAGAGAGAACCCAGAGUUAGAGGACUCACGGCCGGUGGCGUACGACCUGGAAAGAGACAUGAGUUUGUUUACUAGCGAACACGCGCCUCAAUGCAGGGUAUACAGGCAAAUGAGAUCAUUCAUGCUUCGAGGGGAUCGCAUCUGCCUGCCCCCCAACAGCCACAAGAAUGCUUACGCCGAAGGAGUGGAUGGCCCAAUCUCGUGGAUUCAGCACGAACCAUACACAAAUGUUCUGUGGCUCGCUUAUAUCUACGACUACAUUGUCUCUAACUUCCAGGGACCAAAGAAGGAACUGAACGCAUUCAAACGCAUCACGAAAGAGUUUUGGACACAUCUGGAUCCCGAAGCAGACGAAAGUAUCCCGGCAUUUCCCAGCGCCAGCGAUAUUGUCAUGUUUGCUGUGGAAUCUGGAUGGAUCGACGAAGACCAGCUCGUGGGUGGCAGAAGCAUGAUUGAGAAGUCAAUUCUGUCCAUCUUGGCCAUUGAUGACCGUACGAGGGAGUCGGGCGUCCUUGAGGCGCAGUCACCAUUAGUACGGAGGUCGCCGAGGAAGUCUCAACCAAGGCAUCUCGUCGAUUAUUCUUGA